AGCCCGGCUCGGCCCCGCCGCGGGCAGGAGGUCGGGAGGCGGCGGCGCCGGGCGCUGCCAUGCGGCCGGCCGGCGCCAAGUGAGGGCGGCGGCAGCUCGCAGCGCCCGGUGUUGCCCGUGGGAGCCGCUGGCCGGCGGGGAGCGGCGCGUAGGGCUCAUGCCAGCCGCCUCGCCCCGAUGUUUCACUGGGGCAAGUGGAAGAAGAGGAUGGGAGCGAGCGCCUCCUCCUCCAAGAGACCCGUCUUCGACGAGCGGGAGGACGUGAACUUUGACCACUUCCAGAUCCUGCGGGCGAUCGGGAAGGGCAGCUUUGGCAAGGUGUGCAUUGUGCAGAAGAGGGACACUGAGAAGAUGUAUGCCAUGAAGUACAUGAACAAGCAGCAGUGCAUCGAGCGGGACGAGGUCCGCAACGUCUUCAGGGAGCUGGAGAUCCUGCAGGAGAUCGAGCACGUCUUCCUGGUCAACCUCUGGUACUCCUUCCAGGACGAGGAGGACAUGUUCAUGGUGGUGGACUUGCUCCUGGGCGGGGACCUGCGCUACCACCUGCAGCAGAACGUUCAGUUCACGGAGGAGACGGUCAGGCUCUACAUCUGUGAGAUGGCCUUGGCUCUUGACUACCUGAGAAGCCAGCACAUCAUCCACAGAGAUGUAAAGCCAGACAACAUCCUCCUCGACGAGCAAGGUCAUGCCCACCUCACAGAUUUUAACAUUGCAACAAUCAUCAGGGAUGGAGAGCGAGCCACUGCCCUGGCAGGCACCAAGCCGUACAUGGCCCCAGAGAUUUUCCAUUCCUUCCUGAGCGGUGGGACAGGCUACUCCUUUGAGGUUGACUGGUGGUCACUGGGAGUCAUGGCUUACGAGCUGCUGCGGGGCUGGAGACCCUAUGACAUCCACUCCAACAACCCCGUGGAGUCCUUAGUCCAGCUCUUCAGCACCGUCAGCGUUCAGUACUCAUCAGCAUGGUCCAAAGAGAUGGUGGCUCUGCUGAGAAAGCUGCUGACAGUGAACCCUGAGCACCGCUUCUCCUGCCUGGCUGACGUGCAGGCCUCAGCCUACCUGUGCGGCGUGGUCUGGAGCGACGUCGGUGCCAAGCGCCUGGAGCCAGGCUUCGUCCCCAACAAGGGACGCCUGCACUGCGACCCAACCUUCGAGCUGGAGGAGAUGAUCCUGGAGUCCAGACCCUUGCACAAGAAGAAGAAGAGGCUUGCAAAGAACAAGUCCAGGGAUAACAGCAAGGACAGCUCCCAGUCUGAAAAUGACUAUCUCCAAGAAUGCCUUGAAGCCAUCCAGCAGGACUUUGUCAUCUUUAACAGAGAGAAGCUAAAGAAGAGCCAAGAGCUGACCAGUGACUCCAUGUCCCACCCUGAGACCGCUGAUGAGGCCGAGACGGAGGCCGAGGCCUCCAGCUUGAACAUGUGCAGCUCCGUCUGCUCCUCUGCGGGCAGCAGCUAGGCUGGGCGAGGGCCAUGCCGAUAACCCAUCCUCAGGGUGUGCUGAGCACCUCAGGCUGUCCUCUGCUGCCACCCAGGAGCACCAAGGAGUCUCUCAAAGCCGUAGCAGGAGAGUUAGUUCCUUUGGAACCGGGCUGCUGGAUUGGAUGGCUCUCCAGCUGGGUGCCCGUGGUGGCUGGAGAUCCUCGCCAUGCCACUUGCCAAGGAGGUGGACCAGCUUCUCUUUGCCCUUUUGGAUGCCAGGUUGCUGAGCUGCUCGUGGUUUGAAUACAGCAAGGUGACAAGAAGUGACAUCCUUGGGUA